UCAGAAGAAGAGUCCAGGAGUCGACUCAGAUGCUCAGAGAACUCGAGAUAUCUCUUCGCACAAACCACAUCGGGUGGGUCAGAGAGUUUCUGAAUGAGGAGAAUCGAGGCCUGGAUGUUUUGGUUGAGUACUUGUCCUUCGCUCAGUACGCCGUCACGUUCGAUGGAGAGCCGUCGGAGGCCUCGGGGGAGGUCUCGUCCAUAGACUCCCCGUGGAGUCGGUCCAUAGAAGACCUCCAUGGGGACUGCAGCCUCCCUUCCCCAUCCUCAUCCGUCCCCAGAGCAGCUCGGCACUCCAUCAGCUCGGCGAUGGUGACUCGCUCCAACACGCUGCCGAGUCGCCGAACUCUGAAAAACUCACGACUCGUCUGUAAGAAAGACGACGUUCAUGUUUGUGUCAUGUGUCUGAGAGCCAUCAUGAAUUACCAGUACGGGUUCAACAUGGUGAUGGCUCAUCCUCACGCCGUCAACGAGAUCGCCCUCAGCCUCAACAACAGGAACCCCAGGACGAAGGCUCUGGUGCUAGAGUUGUUGGCGGCCGUGUGUUUGGUCAGAGGGGGACACGAAAUCAUCCUGUCAGCUUUCGACAACUUCAAAACUGUUUGCUCCGAGUCGAUGCGUUUCGAGAAGCUGAUGGAACAUUUUAAGAACGAAGACGACAACAUCGACUUUUUGGUGGCCUGCAUGCAGUUCAUUAACAUCGUGGUGCACUCGGUGGAGGACAUGAACUUCAGAGUCCAUCUGCAGUACGACUUCACCAAGCUGAACCUGGACGAGCACCUGGAGAGGCUGAAGCACACAGAGAGCGACAGGCUCCAGGUUCAGAUUCAAGCGUACCUCGACAACGUCUUCGACGUCGGGACGCUGCUCGAGGACGCCGAGACCAAAACCGCUGCUCUGGAGCGGGUGGAGGAGCUGGAGGAGAGCAUGGGCACAAUGUCGGAGCGUCUGCUGGACGUAGAGAACGAAGCGAUGCUGAAGAUCGUCGAGCUGGAGAAACAGCUGAUGCAGACCAACAAGGAGCUGGACCGCGUCCGGGUGAGUGGGAACACGCCUACGUUUGGUCACCAUGGAGACCCACACUGUGUGCUGGUCCUGGAACUUUACGCCUCCUGUUCACCUGUGCAGGAGGUGCAUGCCAGCACCAACACUCAGGUGCACACCUUGCGGCGGAUCGUUCGGGAGAAGGACCAAACCAUCCGGCGUCAGAGUCGUCUGGAGCGACAGGCUCAGGAGGCCCAGCAGGCCGGAGGACCCGGGGCCCCUCAGCCCCAGAGAGGAGAGGGCGAUGGGGGAGUUGGGGACUCGACCUCCCCCUCCCCUCCACCUUGUCCUAACCUGUCCCCCAGUCCUGAGACGGUAGCCUAUCACAGCAUGGGACCAGUGAUGGGCGGAGCUCCAGGGAUGCCAGUCCCGCCCCCUCCACCUCCUCCGCCACCAAUGCCAGGCACAGAGUCCAAUGGGUCGUACCCUGCACCUCCCCCUCCUCCUCCACCCCCUCCUCCAUGUCAGACCAGCGAGCUCUCCUCCUCUGUCCCCAUGCCCCCCCCUCCUCCCCCCGUGGCCCCCCCUCUCCCAGGUUCGGGUGGGUCGGCCACGGUCAUCUUUAACUCUGGACUUGCAGCCGUGAAGAUCAAGAAGCCAAUCCAGACCAAGUUUAGGAUGCCGGUGUUGAACUGGGUUGCCCUGAAGCCAAGUCAGAUCAACGGGACUGUCUUCAACGACAUCAACGAUGAGGCAAUCCUGCAGGACCUGAAUGUGGAGGAGUUUGAGGAGCUGUUUAAGACGAAGGCUCAAGGUCCAGCAGUGGACUUGACUCUGUCCAGACAGAAACUUCCUCAAAAAGCUCCAUCCAAAGUGUCUCUACUGGAAGCCAACAGAUCCAAAAACCUGGCUAUCACUCUAAGGAAGGCCGGCCAGGGUCCAGAGGUCACCUGUCGCGCAAUCCACACAUUUGACCUCCGGACCGUUCGGGUGGACUUUGUGGAGUGUCUGAUGCGAUUCCUGCCGACUGAGGCCGAGGUGAAGCUUCUACGUCAAUACGAGAGGGACCGAAAACCUCUGGAGGCGCUCAGUGACGAAGACCGAUUCAUGAUGCAGUUCAGUCGCAUCGAACGACUCAACCAGCGCAUGUCCAUCAUGACCUUCAUGGGCAACUUCACAGACAACAUCCAGAUGUUAACGCCGCAACUCCACGCCAUGAUCGCUGCUUCAGUUUCUAUAAAGUCGUCACAGAAGCUCAAGAAGAUCCUGGAGAUCAUCUUGGCUCUGGGGAACUACAUGAACAGCAGCAAGAGAGGAGCGGUCUACGGAUUCAGACUGCAGAGUUUAGACCUGCUGCUGGAGACCAAGUCCACGGACAGGAAGCAGACGUUGCUCCACUAUAUUGCCAACGUGGUGAGGGACAAGUAUCCGGCUAAAUGUCUGUUUUACAACGAGCUUCACUAUGUGGACAAGGCUGCUGCAGUGAGUCUGGAGAACGUGCUGUGUGACGUCAAGGAGAUGCAGCGCGGCAUGGAGCUCACCUGGAGAGAGUUCAGUGUUCAACACAAUGCCUUGCUCAAGGACUUCAUCAGCAGGCACGAGUCCCGACUCAGCAAAGUGCUGGAAGACGCACGCAUCGCUGAGGACGCCUUUGAAGACGUGGUGAAGUUUUUCGGGGAGAGCUCGAAGACGAUGCCACCGUCGGUGUUCUUCCCCAUCUUUGUUCGCUUCAUGAAGGCCUACAGGAUGGCAGAGGAGGAAAACGAGCAACGGAGGCGCCAAGAACAAAUGUUACUGGAGAAGCAGGAGCAGGAGGAGCAGCAGGAGGAGGAGCAGACCAAGUCUCCCUCCCGGAGGGGGAAGCGGCAGCAGCAGGAGCUGUUCACGGAGCUCAGACGACGACAAGUCAAAGAUAGCUGCCAUGUUUACGAAGGGAAGGAUGGCGCCAUCGAGGACAUCAUCACAGCCCUGAAAGCCGUCCCCUUCACAGCCCGCUCAGCCAAACGCAGCUCUCGCUUCUUCUGUGAACCCGCCCACUCUGAAGAGCACUACUGAGACAUGACAUCAUAGAGAGAGACUACAUCAGAGAGAGAGAGAGACAUUACAUCAUAGAGAGAGACAUUAAAUCAAAGAGAGAGAGAGAGACGAGAGACAUUACAUCAUAGAGAGAGAGAGAGAGAGAGACUACAUCAUAGAGAGAGACAUUAAAUCAAAGAGAGAGAGAGACAUUACAUCAUAGAGAGAUACUACAUCAGAGAGAGAGAGAGAGACAUUACAUCAUAGAGAGAGAGACGAGAGACAUUACAUCAUAGAGAGCGAGAGAGACAUUACAUCAUAGAGAGAGAGAGACUACAUCAGAGAGAGAGACAUUAAAUCAAAGAGAGAGAGAGACAUUACAUCAUAGAGAGAGAGAGACUACAUCAGAGAGAGAGAGACAUUACAUCAGAGAGAGAGAGAGACAUUACAUCAUAGAGAGAGAGAGACAUUACAUCAUAGAGAUAGAUAGACAUUACAUCAUAGAGAGAGAGACGACAUCAUAGAGAGAGAGAGACACUAGAUCUCAGCAUAUUUGUGGAGAUGUAAUGUCUCUUCAGAUGGCCACGCCCACUUCUAAUCGAGGGGACCAAUUAGCACUUAAAUAUGUGAUGAUGUGAACUGAUGGCAUCAUGUUGGGUACGUUGUCUUAUUGGCCAGCUACCUGACCUCUGACCUAUCCCUGAGGCAACUCGUCUGAGGUUCUGCAGUUUUUCUGGGUCUUGAACUGGGUCUUGUACAGGGUUCUGCUUGUUUCCCUGCAUUGUGUUCUACUGUGUUCUACUGUGUUCUACUGUGUUUGCUGGUCUCACCAGAGCUGGACCCACAUAGCUUGGCUCCUUUCUUUUUGUGUUGACCACUCAUGAGCCUGGACCCCGUCACCUCCCUGGACCUGGACCAUCCCUGGACCUGGACCCCCUCACCUCCCUGAGCCUGGACCCCGUCACCUCCCUGGACCUGGACCAUCCCUGGACCUGGACCCCCUCACCUCCCUGAACCUGGACCCCCUCACCUCCCUGGACCCUCCCUGGACCUACUCACCUCCCUGAACCUGGACCCCCUCACCUCCCUGGACCCUCCCUGGACCUCCUCACCUCCCUGGACCCUCCCUGGACCUACUCACCUCCCUGGACCUACUCACCUCACUGAACCUGGACCUGGACCCCCUCACCUCCCUGGACCUCCUCACCUCCCUGAACCUGGACCCCCUCACCUCCCUGGACCUCCUCACCUCCCUGAACCUGGACCCCCUCACCUCCCUGGACCUCCUCACCUCCCUGAACCUGGACCCCCUCACCUCCCUGGACCUACUCACCUCCCUGAACCUGGACCUGGACCCCCUCACCUCCCUGGACCUCCUCACCUCCCUGAACCUGGACCCCCUCACCUCCCUGAACCUGGACCUGGACCCCCUCACCUCCCUGGACCUGGACCCCCUCACCUCCCUGAACCUGGACCCCCUCACCUCCCUGGACCUGGACCCCCUCACCUCCCUGGACCUCCUCACCUCCCUGGACCUGGACCCCCUCACCUCCCUGAACCUGGACCCCCUCACCUCCCUGAACCUGGACCCCCUCACCUACCUGGACCUCGUCAUCUACCUGGACCCCUUCACUGAAGUCUCCUCCUCCUCUUGUCCUUCCAACAACUUGAAGUCUGAAACGGUAAAACGGGUUUCAGGGUUUAAGUAAGAGACAAAAAACAGACCUGGUCAGUCUGCUGAUGAUGGGUUCAGGACACACCUGGAAGGACAUAAGGAGACUGCUGAAGGACACAUGGAGACUACUGAAGGACACAAGGAGACCACUGAAGGAUACAAGGAGACCGCUGAAGGACACAAGGAGACUACUGAAGGACAUAAGGAGACUACUGAAGGACACAAGGAGACUACUGAAGGACACGAGACUACUGAAGGCCACAAGGAGACUACUGAAGGACACAAGGAGACUACUGAAGGACAUAAGGAGACUACUGAAGGCCACAAGGAGACUACUGAAGGACACAAGGAGACUACUGAAGGACACAAUGAGACUACUGAAGGACAUAAGGAGACUACUGAAGGACACAAGGAGACUACUGAAGGACAUAAGGAGACUACUGAAGGACACAAGGAGACUACUGAAGGACACAAGGAGACUACUGAAGGACACAAGGAGACUACUGAAGGACACAAGGAGACUACUGAAGGACACAAGGAGACUACUGAAGGCCACAAGGAGACUACUGAAGGACACAAGGAGACUACUGAAGGCCAUACGAGACACCUCUGGACAAGUGGACCUACCUGGACAGAUCUGGUGGGGUGUCCUUCAAGGUGAUCUGGUCUCCCUAUGGAGCCCCAACCUGAGACCUGAAUGGACUCAAAGACUGUGGAGCAACAGACAUGUAGAUGUGUGUCUUCUGGACUCGACUGGGCUGAGGGUCCAGUAGAGUCCAGUAGAGUCCAGUCUGGUCCAGCAUCAACCCCCCGCCCCCCUUUCGUUAAUGCCAUGAGACAUCAGUUCCAGACCUGGGACCAGCACAACGUUUUCUACGUGUACAGAACUUCCCCAGGACGCCUGGCUGCUCGUCCUGCUGGUUGUUGGUGAUUCAGUAAACACACCUGUCCACCUGU